CAGCGCUCUGGGCUGCUUCCCACUGAGUCGGGAUUCGGGGGGCGUUUCAGUUUUAGUCGCCGCCUGCUGCUGCUACUUGGUGUCGGUCAUUUGGUCUCUCUGCUGCAGCAGCCAUGGUGAAAGUGUCUUUUAACUCGGCCUUGGCGCAGAAAAGCGAUGCCAAGAAGGGCGAAGAAGAAGAAGAAGAGUCGAAGGAGAGCGGCGGCGGCGGCAGCCACCAAGUGCUGAUCUUGCCCACCGAUGCGAAGGAUCUAGAAGGAGUGGUGCCUAUCGGACAGAGGAGAGCUUGGUGUUGGUGUAUGUGCUUUGGAUUAGCUUUUAUGCUUGCUGUUGUGAUCCUUGGGGGUGCCUAUCUGUACAAGUAUUUUGCUUUCCAGGAAAGUGGUGUUUACUUUUGUGGAAUAAAAUAUAUUGAGGAUGGCUUAACUUUGACUGAGUCCGAUGAAGAUGCUCCAGCUCCUCGUUAUCAGAUAAUUGAAGAAAACAUCCAGAUCCUCAAGGAGGAAGAUGUUGAGUUGAUCAGUGUGCCUGUACCAGAAUUUGGAGACAGCGAUCCAGCAAAUAUCGUUCACGAUUUUGACAGGGGUUUUACAGCAUACCUCGACCUUAGCCUGGAUAAGUGCUACGUCAUUCCUCUAAACAGAUCAAUCGUUAUGCCCCCUAAAAACUUCUUGGAGUUGAUGAUCAACAUGAGGGCUGGAGCGUACUUGCCUCAGUCAUAUUUGAUUCACGAGGAGAUGAUUGUUACUGAUCGCAUAGAGAAUGUGGAUCAGUUGGGCUUCUUUAUUUAUCGCCUAUGUCAUGGCAAGGAAACCUACAAAUUGCAGCGCAAAGAAACCCUGAAAGGAAUUCAGAAGCGUGAAGCAAAUAACUGCAGAAAAAUUCGACACUUUGAGAAUAGAUUUGCUGUGGAAACACUCAUUUGUGAACAAUAAUAAGGAAUAUUGUUGUGAAAGAAGACUGAUGAAACACAUUGACCCAAUCCUUUAUAUGUUGUGCAGGGACUUUUAAUUUUAAAUCAUUUAUAUAAGUAGUGGACCAGGCUCUGUAGCUGAACUUCAACAUUUUAAUCUCACUAUACACCUUAUAAUACUUUUUAGUGUGUUCAUAUUUUGAAGCAUGGUGUCCUCUUUUUGUAUGUUUAAAUAGCAUCUGUAUAAAAUCUUAGUCAUUAGUGCAUUUCAUGUUAGCAUUAACACCUGCUAACUGGGCAAAGAGGCACCUUUUAAAAGGGGUUGCUCUCUUGUAUGUAGCAAAGGAAGACCAACUGUCCUUAUUCUACCCCACACGGUGUGUCCCUCCAAGUAGCUGUUGCUGGUGCAUCCCUUGUGUUUCUUAGAUUGUGAGCCCCUUUUGGACAAAGGACCAUCUUCUCUAUAAAGCAAAACUUAAUACAUGUAUUGAACUUAAAAGAAAAAUCAGGAGAUCAAUGAUGUCUCAUAUCUUCUAGUAAAAUUGGGUGGAAAAACAACAAACACGUACAAAUGGACUACAACAUGAUAUUUUUAACAGCAUAUUUACUAGUGAUGUGUGAUUGAUUACAGCAUAUUGGAAAAAUAAUUUAUAAAAUAAAAUUCAGUUUCUUGCAGUUUUAAAAAAAAUGCAGUUGCACAAGAUUGAUUUCCAGCUUGUUGUUCUGAUGUGUCUGCUGUAACAAAAUUAAAUAGUAACUUAAUGUUACUAACAUGUAUAUAAGCUAUGUAUGUACAAUGAAAAAUAAAUAUUACAAACCUGUUUGUCUAAAA